AUGUAUUACCUACGCCGCAUCACUAUCCUCGUCGCCGUGCUGGCCUCUGUCUCAUUCACGGCAUGGUUCCUGCCUCGAUACCUCAACCCGAACCCCCCCGACCCUGUCAAGCAGCGCGAGGAUAGGAGAUGGGUUAGCAGCAGUCCCUACUGGCUCGAUCGCCAGGCCUGCCGAUGGCUGAGUCUAUGCGGCGUGCAUCACCUCUCAUGGGACCCCGCCUCACUCUUCCCUUACAAGAACGACUCCGACACAGGCGAGUUGCGCCUCGAGCUGAGGUCUCUCGAUGGACGACACUCCGGCUGGGAGACGGCACCCCAGAAGCGGUCGCCGCGGGAUGACAAGGAGGAGAGGAGGAAGAUCUUGAAAGAGAUUCCUGAUUACGUUCUCGAGUAUGCGCCGCUCGUUCACCUCUACUCGGGCGAGAACUUUUGGCCCUCCGACAUCGCAGAACACAUUCGGCACAUGACGCCCUACCUGGAGCAGGAAGCCCUGAACCGGUCCCUCGUUCUGUCGGACCUGCACGCACUCAACAAGGAAGAUGGCAUGGUCUACCUCACUAGCGAUGACGAUGUCGAGCAGAGACCUGAGUGGCUGCACAGCCACGUUGGCAUCCCCGAACCUUGGAACGAAGAGGGUGACGACGACGAAGGGAAGGACGGCAACGACAACAACGAUCGCCCGGUGGGGGACUCUGACCGUCCGCGACCUCCCACAGAAGACACGACGUGGUUUGACGUAUCUCGCGACCAUCCCGUUCAACGCAUUUCAGACCCUCGUCGCCUUGCUCCACAAUUCGCUCCCUCCGCUCGCACCGGCCGCGGCUUCCAUCUCCGUCGCCGAGACCAGGGCCAGAAGCCGAUUCCUGACACGCCCACCCACAAACCCAACCAGGAAGGCUAUUCCAAGGCCCCCGCCGUCCUCGUUCUCGUUGACAAGGGCUCCGGCAUCGUUGACGCAUUCUGGUUCUUUUUCUACUCGUACAACCUGGGCCAGACCGUCUUGACAAUCCGGUUCGGCAACCACGUCGGCGAUUGGGAGCACUGCAUGAUGCGCUUCGAGAACGGCGAGCCUCGUGGUAUCUUCUUCUCCGAACACGAGGGCGGCCAGGCGUACACGUACAACGCCGUCGAGAAGCGGGGUGUGCGCCCAGUCAUUUACUCCGCCGUCGGCUCUCACGCCAUGUACGCCCAGGCCGGUGACCACCCCUACGUGCUGCCCUUCAGUAUGUUGAAGGAUGUCACCGACAAGGGUCCCCUCUGGGACCCGGCUAAGAACGCCUACUCAUACUGGUACGAUUACGUCCAGGACAUGGACGAGGACCUCGAUCUGGACCUCGACGACAAGGUCGACGUUGCCAGUGGCCACCGGAAGGACGACCCCGCCAGCCUGGUUCCCACUGCCGAGAACCCCGACGCGCCGACAUCGUGGUUCCACUAUGCCGGGCCUUGGGGCGACAAGCUCUACAGCCUUGCCGAUAUGCGCCAGUGGCGCCUCUUCGCCCAGUAUCACUACGUAUCCGGGCCACUGGGGCCCAAGUUCAAGCGCCUCGAUCGCGAGAAGCUCUGCAUCACCAGCCGCUGCCGCAUCCUCGACAGCCUGAAGCCCGGGCAGACGUGGUACAGUUAG